CCCGCCGUGUCCGUGGACUACGACCGGGGCCGGCGCGAGGCCCGCGCCGAGGUGGAGGGCGUGGGCGCCGCUUCGCUCCCCGCGCGCCACCGCCUGCGCGUGGAGGGGAGCCGGUGGCAGCGGGACUGGAAGGUGUCGGAGGCCGCCGCGCGCGUGCUCGCGCUCCCGCGCGCCGAGGCCCGCGCCGUCGACGCCGUGCUCAACUGCUGGGCCGGCCGCUUCGCCCGCCGCAACUUCCCUCUCCUCAUCCGCGAGAUCACAAUUUCUGGGAAUUUACAGCAUGCUGUCCAUGUGUUCUGCUGGAUGAAAAAUCAGGAUAACUACUGUGCUCGUAACGACAUUUAUGGCAUGAUGAUACGACUAUAUGCGAGGCAUAACCAGGUUGAUCAGGCACGUGGCCUGUUCUUUGAGAUGCAGGAAUGGCGGUGUAAACCUGAUGCUGAUAUAUACAAUUCCCUCAUCCAUGCUCAUUCUCGAGCUGGUCAAUGGCGUUGGGCCAUCAACAUUAUGGAAGAUAUGCUUCGUGCUGCUAUACCUCCUACCCGGACUACGUAUAAUAAUGUGAUAAAUGCAUGUGGGGCUGCUGGCAACUGGAAAAAAGCUUUAGAACUGUGUAAGAAAAUGACAGAAAAUGGUGUGGGACCAGAUUUGGUUACACACAACAUUGUCUUGUCUGCUCUCAAGAAUGGAGCUCAGUACUCAAAAGCAAUAUCUUAUUUUGAAAUAAUGAAAGGAGCAAAUGUCACCUCUGAUACUUUCACGUUAAAUAUUAUCAUCCAUUGCCUUGUAAAGAUUGGACAGUGUGGGGAAGCUAUUGAAUUGUUUAACUCAAUGAGGGAGAGAAGAACCAAAUGUCCUCCAGAUGUUGUUACAUAUACUAGCAUCAUGCAUUCUUAUUGUAUUUAUGGGCAAGUUGAAAAUUGCAAAGCAAUCUUUGAUUUGAUGGUUGCUGAAGGAGUGAAGCCUAAUAUUGUAGCAUAUAAUUCGCUUUUGGGUGCAUAUGCCUCACGAGGUAUGCAUAGAGAGGCCUUGGCAAUUUUUAAUUUAAUAAAGAAAAAUGGGUUACGACCUGAUAUAGUUUCGUAUACCUCCUUACUGAAUGCAUAUGGUAGAUCUGCACAGCCUGAGAAGGCUAGGGAGGUCUUUAACAAGAUGAAGAAGAACUCAUGCAAACCAAAUAAAGUCAGUUACAAUGCACUUAUUGAUGCCUAUGGGUCUGCGGGAAUGUUGAAGGAAGCUGUUGGCUUGCUGCAUGAAAUGGAGAAAGAUGGCAUUCAGCCAGAUGUUGUUUCCAUAAGUACUCUGUUGGCUGCCUGCGGUCGCUGCAGGCAGAUAACAAGAAUUGAGACAAUUCUUGAAGCAGCUAGGUCCCGAGGUAUUGAUCUAAAUACAGUUGCUUACAACUCCGGCAUUAAAAGUUAUUUAAGUUUUGGAGAUUAUGAGAAAGCUUUGGAGUUGUAUACAUCAAUGAGGGAGAGCAAUGUGAAACCAGAUGCUGUAACCUACAAUAUACUCAUCAGUGGAUCUAGUAAAUUAGGAAAGUAUACGGAAUCUUUGAGAUUUUUUGAGGACAUGGUGGACUCCAAGGUUUCUUCAACCAAGGAGGUUUACUCUUCAUUGAUUUAUUCGUAUAUCAAACAGGGCAAACUAUCUGAAGCAGAAUCUACUUUCAGUUCUAUGAAAAAAUCAGGCUGUUUUCCUGAUGUUUUGACAUAUACUACAUUGAUCCAAGCCUAUAAUGCUGGUGGUGGUUGGAAGAGAGCUUGGGACCUGUUCAAAGAGAUGGAAGUAAAUGGUAUUCCACCAGAUGCCAUUAUAUGCUCAUCUCUCAUGGAAGCAUUCAAUAAGGGUGGCGAACCUGAAAGAGUCCUUCAAUUGAUGGAAUUCAUGAAGAAAAAAUCCAUCCCGUUGAACCAAAAAUCUUAUUUUGAGAUAAUAGCUUCAUGCACCAUGAUACGUGACUGGAAAACAGCAAGUGAGAUGAUUGAAUAUUUGGAUUCUUCGCUCUCAUCCAUUUCUGUUGGAACACUAAACCAUGUUUUAAAUUUUCUUGGAAAAUGUGGGAAGACAGAGAACAUGAUGAAGCUGUUUUACAAGAUGGUGACUUCAUGUUCUACUGUGGGUCUUUCUACUUAUGCGGUUGUUCUUAGAAAUCUCCUAGUUGUUGGGAAAUGGAGAAAGUAUAUUGAGGUUUUGCAGUGGAUGGAGGACUCUGGAGUUCAUCCAACACUAUAUAUGUUUCAAAAUGUCCUUCCCUAUAUCUGGAGAGAAAAUGGCAUGGAUUUUGCUGCUACUAUGCAAGAAAAAAUAAGUUCAUUGAGAGACAAGCAAACGUGAGCUCUCGAUGUUUACAUCUCUCUGAUGUUAAGCAGGAAAUACCUCGGCUUUAAACACAGGUCUUCCAACACAGAAACGCCUGCCUCCUUCAGUGGUAACACAUAUGUGCUGACAAAAAGAAAUUUAUGGAUGGCAAGGUGGCAUUCACACAUCCAAAGGGAAGCACCUAGAACAGGGCAGUAUGAGGAUUGCAUCUCUCCACCUCUAAUGCUCAUCUGGGUGAUCGUGUCGCUGGUUAAGGUUUGAUAUCCAUCAAUCUGGCAAAAGUUUGCAUUUCUUGCCACCUCAACAUAGGAUGGGCAACGAGUGCGUAACCGCACCUCUGAUAUGCUCAUCUGGGGUGGUCGAGCCACUGCUUUGAUAAUUGAUAUGCAUCAUUCUGGGAAAACUUUGCAUUUCUUGCCACCUCCAUGUAGGUUGGGUAAUGCCUGUGCAGCCUCACCUCCACUGCGUACAUCCCAGUGUGGCUGUUGCAGUUCUGGUCCACAAGCCUAUACUAUGGGCUUGGUGCCUCCUCAUUGCUGUCACGAGUGCAUAACAGGAGUGAGCAUGCACAAGGUGUCCUGGCGCUGUUUCCACUCCGUGGUCAGUUACGGGUGAAGUUGUGAAAAACAGUGCCCCUGAUGAGCUACCACCAUCAUGAGUGAAGAACAGAGUAUGUCGUUAAGUUUGUCUAAUACAGGAUGGGGGCAUAAAUCAUCAUUGCGUUCCUCAGUACAGCAUGGCCAAUGUCCACAGCAUGUUUUGGCAUAAGAUUUGGAAAUAGUACCAUAAAUGGGAGAAACAAAAUUCAAGGGCAUAUUCCCAGUGGCACAAGGGAGAUUCCCUCCAGCCUCCAGGUAGAUAAUGAGUUUGUACUUUGUUAAGAUCUACUGAAGCGUUGUUUUGGUGCUUCAAGAAUGAGGUUGACACUUGUGGAUGAUAUAGCUUGUAGGUAGCUAAUACAGUGCAUAUAUAUUCUCUUUGAGGGUACAUAGACAGUGUGGAUGACAAAUGGAAUAUGAAAGAAAAAUGCAAAGCGUUUCUCAUCCGCUCUUUUGCAGCUCA